AUGUCACGGUUUGUGGCGUGUCCAGUCUGUGCCACCGAUGUCUCCAUCCACGACAUCAAUGCUCAUCUGGAUGCCGGCUGUGCCGACCCGACGACGGCGGCGCUUGGGAGCUCGCCGGCAGCAGGCUCACAGACAAGCCCAGCGAGCCAGAGUAGCAGGCCGAGUGGGACGGGAGCAAGCGGCGAGGGUGUGGCUCGGUCGCUGGCGUAUACCGCGCCGGGGAGCAAGCGACUGAGGAACUCGGCUGUCGUCCUUGACUCGGGCAGUAGCGACGACGACGAGGGUCUGGGAAGGGACGAUUCUACGCUGGCGGCGCCUGCGGCCAAGCGGGCGCGCGGGCUGGGGCGGAAGGACCGUUCUGAGGGUGGACCGGCGGCUCCGCUGGCGGAGCGGGUGCGACCAGAGCGGCUAGAGGACAUGCGUGGACAGGAGAAGGCGCUGGCGCCCGGGACGUUGCUGGCGACGCUUAUCGAACAGGGCAAGAUUCCCAACCUCAUCCUCUGGGGACCUCCCGGCUGUGGCAAGACCACCCUCGCCCACGUCAUCCGGACACGUGUGGAGGGAAAGAUGGUGUUUCGCAAGCUCUCGGCUGUCUCUGCCAACCUCAAGGCUGUUCGAGAGGAGCUAGAGCGAGCGCGGAACACGCGCCGGCUGACAGGCAAGGGCACUGUGCUCUUCCUUGACGAGAUCCACCGGUUCAACAAGAUGCAGCAGGACGUGUUCCUUCCGGCGCUCGAGUCGGGACUUAUCACACUCAUCGGCGCCACAACCGAGAAUCCGGCGUUUGAGAUCAACGACGCCCUGCUCUCGCGGACCCGCAUCAUCACCUUUGAGAAGCUCUCGGCCGAGCAUGUCAUCGCCAUUCUGCGCCGUGCUCUCGACGCUGCGCCGCACGGAUCGGGCCUUGCCGUCACUGACGACGUGCUUGGCACCAUUGCUGGACUAGCCGACGGUGAUGCUCGCGCUGCGCUCAACGCGCUCGAGCUUGCUAUGGACAUUGAGGCCCGCGGACGGAGCCCGGGAGACGCUCUCAGCCUGCGAGCGGUCAAGGAAGCGUUCCAGACUCGAAUGGUGGCGUUUGAUCGGGCUGGUGACGAGCACUACAAUGUCAUCUCGGCGCUUCACAAGUCGCUCCGCGGCUCUGACGUCGACGCCUCGCUCUACUGGCUCGGCCGCCAGCUUGCCGGCGGUGAGAAGGUCGAGUACAUUGCGCGGCGGCUCAUCCGCUUUGCUGCCGAGGACGUUGGGAUGGCUGAUCCGCAGGCGCUUGCCAUUGCUGUCUCAGCCUUCCAGGCCUCGCACCUGAUCGGCAUGCCAGAAGCCGACGUCGUCCUCGCCCAGGCUGUCGUCUACCUCGCCAAGGCGCCCAAGUCAGUUGCUGUCUACGAGGCAAUCAAGCGGGUCAAGGAGACCGUCGCCCGCGCACCAAACGAUCCCGUCCCGAUCCACCUCCGCAACGCGCCGCGAAAGGUGCUCAAGGAUCUUGGCCAUGGCGCCGGAUACGUCUAUCCGCCGCAUGCCACCCGUGCCGAGGCUGCCUCGCAGAGUUAUCUCCCUGACAGCUUACGCGGAACCAUGUUCUUCAUGCCUGAUCCGACGCCCGAGUAA